UCUAUUUUUGAUUUGGGAAAGCAGAUAGCCCCACUCAGGCCCGUACACAUCAUUGUAGUUUAUUCAUCAUAUUUCCAUCAAAGUAAAUAUAUAGUCUAGUAUGUAUGUUAAAAGUACCUUGUACAACAUGCUUAAGUAUGUGUCUGACAGACUUCCAUCAGUCUAUCAUGGAUUGCUUAAAUACUCCCAUUGUCUGCCUGCCUGGCACAGUUAAUGGAAAGACACUGACGUCGUUCAAACAGCAAACAGAUGCUGUAGUUAUCAGCUACCACACAAACUACACCACUCUUCUCAAGGUAAGCGCCACUUUUGUAAUUGUUGGAGCUUUGAAUCGUUAACUGAAGCCUAUACUAACGUGAAAGAACAUCGUUUUUUCUUUAGUUCAGAUUUUGUGCAUCAAUUUAUUCUCAGGAUAUUUACACCCUAUGGAUGUUUAGUGUUGUGGAUCAUUUCAGAAUAUACAUGUUAUAUUUGUUGUUAACAUGUCAAAUAAAGUGAUCUCGAAUUUAGAUCAUGUAAAAUCUUAUAUAGAAAUAUCCAGAUGAUAUCUAACAGAAAACUUACACUGUUUCCUAUGAUAUUCAAUAUUCGAUUAAUAACAUUCAUGAGGGUGAUGAAGUUCACCUAUUUUAAUCAGCCUAUAACAGGUGUUGUAUGUAUGAAAUAUACAGUAUAUCAUGCUAAUUGAUUGGUGCCAAAUUCUAUUCUGAAUGUAAAGGUCAAUCAGUGUGAAUGACUUAAAACGUGUCAUUCUUUCAAACGCAGAUGUACACCACCCUCAUCUUUCUCCUCGGAAAGCUGUUGCUUGUGGGCUGGAUGUGUGUAGUUCCUCUCCAGGGCCAGAGGCCGGGCCAGGUGGACCCCCUGACUCUGAACCAGGCAGACCCGCAGUGCUGGGAGUCCUCCUCGGGCCGCCUGUUGGAGAUGCGCUCGCCCAGGAUCGCUGACACGGUGCCAGCCUUCUGGAACCUCAUGGUGUUCCUCAAGGCGUCGGACAACAGGAAACACUCGGCGUUGUUCUGGGACCUUGCCCAGGUCUUCUGGGACACCUACGUGGACUGCAUCCUGUCCAGGACCCACGGACUUGGGAGGCGACAGUUACCCUGGCCCCGGGAGCAGAUCACCGCUAUGCACUCGCUUAUCACUGACAAAUCAAUUGUCAAGGAUUCAAAGACGAAUUCGUCCAAGCUGAAGGAAUCCUCCCAGAGCCUGCUCAGUGUCCAGGUGCAGCGCACGGGCUCAGGCAUUCUACGUCACAUAAUCACGCAUGCCAAGGACGAGAAGAAAAAAUCCAAAAUAUAAAUAUUGUUAUACUGUUACACUUUUCUACGCAUGAUCUGUCUAUCAGUGAUAGUGAACCUGCGGGUGCUGUUUAUGUAGGACUGUAGGCCCAUUUCCACUCUUGAAUAAAAAAAGAAAAUAAAGAAAGCACAUUUAUCUGGGCCAGAGUUGUUCUGUAUUUCUGAGAGUUUUUCAGAGU